AUGUCUUCCUCAUCAAGUGAUGAAGUUGAUGAAGCUUUAGAAGAAAUGGUCGACCAAGUAGUUGAUAAUUUCAUCGACUCAGUGAUAGAUGCUCACCCCAACAAGCAGAAAAGACGGGCUUAUAUCGAAAGACAUCGUGAACAAGGACACAAUCAGCUAUGGAACGAUUAUUUCCAAGAAAAUCCUACAUACCCACCGCAAAUGUUUAGGAGGCGUUUUCGAAUGAACAAGCCAUUGUUCCUCCACAUUGUCGAACGUGUAAGUAAUGAAGUUCCAUACUUUCAGCAAAGACGAAAUGCUUGCGGAAGGUAUGGGCUAUCUGCACUUCAAAAGUGUACGGCAGCUAUACGUAUGCUGGCAUAUGGUCAAUCAGGAGAUACAUAUGACGAGUAUCUCCGACUUGCUGACAGUACUUCACGUUUAUGUUUGGAAAAUUUCACUAAUGCAAUUAUAAAUUUGUUUGGAGAUGAGUAUCUACGCAGCCCUACAGCUGAGGAUCUUCAACGAUUGCUCGAUGUUAGAGAGGUACGCGGUUUUCCAGGGAUGAUAGGCAGCAUCGAUUGUAUGCAUUGGGAGUGA